UAGCCGAGCCGAAAAAAAAUCCCCUAGAAAAGAAGCAAAGGCAAAGCAAGCAAAAGGAAGCAAAAAAUUCCCUUUUCGCGAGUGGCGAAACUUUGCGUUGGUUUCCUCCGAAAAGACGUCCAAGCAGCGUCGUCGACGAUCAUCGCUGGUGUGCACGAUGGUUGUUACGGCCUGAAGGGGACUAUAACCGAGGAUUUCGUGUGUUGCUCGUGCUGUGUGGUGCUGCGGUGCGUGCGUGCGUGUUGUGUGUGAAGCUGAAUGGUGUCUCGUUGUCUCCAUGGUGGUGGCCCGCAGUGACGGCGCAGGGGCAGCGGGGAUGGACACACCGGACGACCCCGUUCUGCUCGCCAAGCAGUCCGACUGGACCAAGGGAAGCCAGCUCUUCUACCUGGACAGUGUCCGCAUCAAACGGGAUCAACCGACGGUAGCAGCAGGGGUGAAGGGCGGGGCAACGUACGGUCGUCUGGUGACACAAGACCAGCUCGCGGCCAUGGCUGCUGCCGUAGAGCAGCAGCAGCUGCAGCAGCCGCCCCUGCCCUAUAAGUUCAGGGACCCUGGGCAAGCGCCACUACGCAAGCUGAGCGUAGACCUCAUCAAGACCUACAAGCACAUCAACGAGGUGUACUAUGCAAAGAAGAAGCGACGAGCGCAGCAAAUGCAAGGUGAAGAUCAGAGCCACAAGAAAGAGCGCAAGCUUUACAACGAAGGCUAUGAUGAUGACAACCACGACUACAUCAUCCGCAACGGGGAGAAGUUUCUCGACCGGUACGAGAUUGACUCCCUCAUCGGAAAGGGCUCUUUCGGACAGGUUGUAAAGGCUUUCGAUCAUGAGGAACAGUGUCACGUGGCUAUCAAGAUCAUCAAGAACAAGAAGCCCUUCCUCAACCAGGCACAGAUCGAAGUGAAGCUCCUAGAGAUGAUGAACAACCACGAGAGCAAUGGCUCGUGUUGUUCAGUAGGGAAAGACAAAAUAGUGAAGCUGAAAGGUCAUUUUAUGUGGCGCAACCAUCUGUGUCUGGUCUUUGAACUACUCUCCUACAACUUGUACGACUUGCUGCGCAACACAAAUUUCCGUGGCGUGUCCUUAAACCUGACACGCAAGUUCGCUCAGCAGAUGUGCACGGCGCUCAUGUUCCUCUCGAAUCCAGACCUGAGUAUCAUCCACUGCGACCUCAAGCCUGAGAACAUCCUUCUUUGCAACCCCAAGCGUAGCGCCAUAAAGGUGGUCGACUUUGGCAGCUCCUGCCAACUAGGGCAAAGGAUUUACCAGUACAUCCAGUCACGUUUCUACCGAUCGCCAGAGGUGCUUCUAGGUGUUCCGUACGAUAUGGCCAUUGACAUGUGGAGUUUGGGCUGCAUUCUGGUUGAAAUGCACACAGGCGAACCUCUUUUCAGCGGGGCAAACGAGGUGGACCAAAUGAACAAAAUAGUGGAAGUGCUGGGUCUCCCACCUCGACCCUUGCUGGACGAGGCCCACAAAGCCCGCAAGUAUUUUGAAAAGCUACCAGACGGUUCCUAUGUCCUCAAAAAGACAAAAGAUUCCAAGAAGUAUAAGCCUCCUGGAUCUCGCCGUUUGCACGAAGUGCUAGGUGUGGAGACUGGGGGCCCAGGUGGUCGCCGUCUGGGUGAACCCGGCCACUCUGUGGCCAACUACCUCAAGUUCCGCGACCUGGUGCUGCGCAUGCUGGACUAUGACCCCAAGAGUCGCAUGACGCCACACCACGCCCUUCAACACUCGUUCUUCCGGCGAACGGCGGAUGAGGGCACCAAUACGGGAGCCAACUCCGUGACGAUGGUGCCUCCUUCGCUUCCACCUCAUGACUCCCAAGCAUCUUCAACUUCCUCCACAGCGUUGAUGCUGGGGCCUCCAAAUGGAGUACACGUAAAUGCAUCAUCCUCCUCAUGCAGUGGGCGGUCCCGCCACGUAGAGUCAAUGCACAAGGCCCCUCCCCCUCCCAUGGACUGCGAGAGCCCCGCCUACCGAAAUCGCGUCCCCUUGCCUCGUCCCCUAGCCUCCCAGGAUCGGAGGCCCAGCAGCCCCAUGGACACGAUGGGCUACCACCACAGCUACCCUUCCUCUUUUGUGCAAACAGCUCCCCAGUCAGUGGUAGUGGACGGCGAGGACUCUCCCAUGCUAGGUGUCUGUGUGGACCAGGGCAUAGCGUCCGUCGUCUCACAUUGAUGUGGCCCCCCCAUAUAGGAAGCCAUUGCUUAGGUUCACAAACUUCUAGCGCGACAAACCCCGGCUCUCCUACCAAGUCGUCGUAGACGCUUCUCAGCGGAGGAGAAGAAGAAAGUGGACUUGGGAGACACUCGCUUCCGCCAAACGGAGAGUCGGGACUGUUCGCCAUGUCAUGGCGCUCGGGUGGGCUUGCAGCAGCGGAAGAAGAUGACGGCCUCGGAAUCCCCACUUGUGCGAAGCAACUAUGCAGAACUGUCUCUGCGGCCAAACGAGUCGUCGUGGAAUGCGCGGCACGGGAGGGGUAGGUUGUACGUUGGCUGCGGGUGCUGCAGAAAAAAAUUCAUAGUCGUAUUAUUUGCAUUCAUAUUUUGACUUUCCAGUGUCUAUUGGCACUUUUUAAAGUAUUGACUAUAGUACAUCUUAGGCUCUUUUACAAAUUUUACAGAGUCGUGGUGUUAGAUUUUCGAGUUUUAUUCUCGCUUUUCUUUGCUUUCAAGUGCACUGUGCAGAAACUCACUAAUUCGAAGCUUCGUGAAAAUUAGCGAUAUGUGUGUGUGUUUCACCUCAUGACCUUUGAAGGCAUGGUACUUUAAAAAAAUUGGAUUCAUUGGGCUGCUGAGAAGGCAGAAACAAAUCUAAAUCACUAAAAUGUAUCACCCUUGGAGGCACAUAUCUGCAGCUCCUUCCAGUCAGCCUCUUCCUGUUUGAGAACGUUGAGCAGGCGACCACCUCUCCCACAUUGGAGAGCGCUUUUCCGUUGCUCUCCCCGAGCUGCUGUUGUACAUAGGGGGGUUGGGGCUUGGAUGUACAUACAAUGGGGAAAGAAAGAGAGAAGAAGAAAAGGACUGGAGGGGGGGCUCGGACUUCAAAGGGGUUGGAAGCACCUCCCGUUGUGCAUAUUUAUACAUAUUAUGCAUAUAUAAAUAUAUAUAUAUAUAUAUAUGUAAACAAACAUCCAACAUGAUGGGAACUGAGAUGCUGUAACUUAUGUACAUAUACUUAUAAAUACACAUUACACAGACACA